AUGUCUGAAGCUUCAAUAUUUCAACGUUCUCAUGGUGAGGAAACGGGUUCAUCACAAGAAAUCAUCAUCGAUUCAUCACGGAGGCGGCGAGGAGGCGUCGAGGAGAGAGAGAGAGACGAUGAGAGAUCAUCGUCGAUUGAGAAUCACAGAGGCGUCGUGGAGGCAUCGACGAGAGAGCGAUUUCAUCAAGAGAAGGAGAAAGUUGAAGGCUUGAAUUUCGUGAGAGAGAAAGAGAGAAAUGGACGCUUCAUGAAUGGGCAACACGUUGAUAUACCCGGGCCUCAAGGACCAUCCCCAGCACAAGCUGGCUACAGAAAUGGUGGACCGAGUGUACGGAUACGGAGGGUUGCUGUGUCUAUAGACAUGGAGACUGAGGAAAGAUCCAACAAGCUCAUGACGUAUCUCCAAAACGCCACCGAGUUCGGACUCAUGGCAGUCAGUUUGGGUUACUACGAGACUCUCAUGUCCUGCUCCAGUAGCAGCACCAGCAGCGAGCUCGAUCCCUCCAAGAAAGCAGCCGCAGGUAGCUCUCCUGGCCUUGUACGAAUCUCUAUCGGGUAUGCGGGUACAUUGGAGCAGAAGUGGACACAAUUCAAGAAGGCUUUCAUCAGAAUGUAUUGUCUUAUAUAA